AUGUACCCAAUUUGCCAGGUUGUGCAGGUUGUACCCAGAUUUGUACCCAGAUUUGUAUCCAGAUUUGUACCCAGAUUUGUACCCAGAUUUGUACCCAGAUUUGUAUCCAGAUUUGUACCCAGAUUUAUACCCAGAUUUGUAUCCAGAUUUGUAUCCAGAUUUGUACCCAGAUUUGUACCCAGAUUUAUACCCAGAUUUGAUCCCAGCUACUGGGAUCCCAUCACCCCUGGGAUCAACUACCCCAAGGAUCCCAACUGCCUCAAGGAUCCCAACUACCCGGGAUCCCAGCUACCCCCAAGGAUCCCAACUACCCCCAAGGAUCCCAACUACGCAAGGAUCCCAGCUGGAUCCCAACUUCACGGGAUCCCAGCUACCCCCAGGAUCCCAGCUACUGGGAUCCCAUCUACCUCCCAAGGAUCCCAACUAUCCCCAGGGAUCCCCUGCCCCAUCUGGGAUCCGCUAGGAUCUGUUUCCAAGGAUCCAUCUUCCCCCCAGGGUCCACUACCCCAGGAUCCUUUGGAUCCCAACUAUCUGGGAUCCCAGCUACCUCCCAAGGAUCCACUUCACCCCAGGAUCCCAACUACCCGCAAGGAUCCCAUCUACCCCAAGGAUCCUAGCAACUACCUCCCAGGAUCCCAACUACCUGGGAUCCCGAACUUCUCCCAAGGGAUCCCAACUACCUCCCAAGGGAUCCCAACUACCUCCCAAGGAUCCCAGCUUCCUCCCAAGGAUCCCAACUACCUCCCAGGAUCCCAGCUUCACCUCCCAGGAUCGCUUCCUCCCAAGGAUCCCAUCUACCCCCCAGGGAUCCCCUUUACCCCCAGGGAUCCCAGCUACCCUCAGGAUCCCAGCUACCUCCCAGGAUCCCAACUGCCUCAGGAUCCGCUACCCCCAGGAUCCCAACUUCCCUCCAGGAUCCCAACUACUGCAAGGGAUCCCAGCUACCUCCCAGGGAUCUCAGCUUCUGUCCCAAGGAUCCCAACUACCCUCCAAGGAUUGUCCCAAGGAUCACUUCACUUCCCAGGAUCUCAACUACCUCCCAGGGAUCGGCUUCCUGCCCUCAGGGAUCCCAACUACGCCAGGUCCCAACUACCCCCAAGGAUCCCCAGCAACUCGGGCUACCCCCAAGGAUCCUUCCACCCCCCAAGGAUCCCACUUCCCCAGGAUCCCAACUACCUUAAGGAUCCCAACUACCUAAGGAUCCCAACUUACCUCUGGGAUCCCAGCUACACUCUAGGGAUCCCAAUGCCUCCCAAGGAUCCCAACUACUUGCUCCGGGAUCUCUCAGCUACCCCCAAGGAUCCCAACUGCCUCCCGGGAUCGAACUGCCCCAGGAUCUCAACUGCCCCCGGGAUCGCUACCCGCGGGAUCCCAACUUCCUCCAGGAUCCCAACUACCUCCCAAGGGAUCCCAACUGCCCUCCAAGGACAACUACCCCAAGGAUCUCCUUCCUCCCAGGAUCCCAACUACCCCCAGGAUCCCAGCUUCCUCCCAAGGAUCUCAACUGCCCCAGGAUCCCAGCUUCUUUGA